CGCGCUCGAAUCGCAAGUCGAAUCCGUUAUCGAGGCCGCCGAGACGUUAUUGUCAUCAGUCGCCGCAAAAUGUUGCCCAGCGGCUCAAAAGAAAUCCAAAAUGUGGGUAAAAAUAAGUCUGGUUAUUAUUUACGUGAGAGGCCUCCUCUCGCUCCACAGGCAACAGCCUGUAAAAGUCCAGUUAAAAAGACUGGUUGUAGUUGUAAAGGGAGUUGUUGCUCACGCAUUUGUGGUUGCGUUAAGAAGAGCAACAAAUGUGGUCCACCGUGUAAAUGCGACAGUAACAUCUGUCAAAAUCAGGUGGAGGCUCUCGAAUCUCAGAUGAGAGAGAUGCCAUCAUUAAUGUUCGACACCGAGGCGAAGAAGUCGGAGAAGGAGAUUGAAUUGAAUGACACCAAAAAUAUAUCCAUACAUAUCCUCAACGACGAUUGCUUGAGGCACGUCUUCCUGUUUUUGCCAAUUAUAGAUAGAAUCCGCAUAGAGAUAGUUUGCAAGCGCUGGAGAGAUUUAAGCCAAGAUUCCUGGUAUAUGAUAAAGACAUUGGAUGUCUCGCGACAUGUAGAGGAUACAUGGGGUUUUACGAACAUCAGCAGUCUAAAUCUGGCUUUACUUCGUAAAAUAUUGCUUAAAUGUGGCAGAUUCUUAACGCGAUUAAUACUAAGUUUCGGGAUUGUUUCGAAUUCACAUGAUCAAAGCACGUUGAUUAUCGUUAUCGGGGAACUUUGCCCUAAUCUUACGAGUAUCGACAUUCACUACGGAGUUUUCAAGUCAUCAGAUAUACGUACAUUAGCAAAUUAUUAUAGAAACCUAACCAAGUUUAGCUUACGUUGGUCAGUAGUUGAGUGUGAUGACGAGUUAAAGUGUCUCUUUGAGCGAAAUCAAAACUUGGAAUAUCUCAAGAUAACUAGAAAUUACUUUUUAUUGGACAAAUGCUUAUUAGGCUUGCCAGAGCAAACUAUGCGUACAAUUAUAUUGGAAAAUUGCGACUAUCUUCAGGACACUCACCUUUCAAUGGCACUAAAGAAGCUCGAAAAUUUGAAACAUCUCGCGAUAAUCAAAUGUCCCAGGAUAUCUAAACACACAUUGGAAGUUGUUGGUCAGCAUUGUAAAAGUUUAAGAACAUUGGAGCUCGAUGGACACUUUCCCUUCACACAAACGGCGGAUAUGUUGUAUUUAAUUCACCUUGUCAAUCUGCAAGUUUUAAAAAUCGCGUGCAAUCCUAAGGUAUCGAACGAUUUCCUUACCGAUUUAGUACAACAUUGUCAGCAGCUUACUAACGUAGACAUUACAGUUAUCCUUCUAUAUCCAACAGCUUGCUACAACGUGAGCGAUGUCGGAUUAACGGCUAUUGCUACGUUAGUAAGACUAGAAAAAUUAAAAGUCAGUUACCUGCAUCAAAUUACUGACGAUGGCUUGAAAAACGUAUGUGGCUUAAAAGAAUUGGAGUGCCGAAGAUGCCGUCUAUUUAGCGAUCGGGGCAUGACAACGCUCAUCCAAUCCUCGCCCGAAUUACAAUUAUUAGAUCUCUCCGGAUGUAGGAAUAUUAAGGACCCCACUCUUGAGGUUGCUAAAGACGUUUGUAGCAGUCGAACUAAUAACGUGAUGUUGAAGAUGAUCGUUGGAGGAACAGCAAUUCUCACUAAGAAAAAAAUAGGUCAAGAGAGACUGCCUCCGCUAUUGAAGAUAUAUGACAUCGAUUUGUCUAGCCCGGGAGGGCUAUUAUAAUAGCCCAGAAAUUGGCCUAGUUUACAUUGAUCUCUUGAUACGCGUAUCAAAUAGUAUAUUUGAACUGAUUCAGCCAAUAAUCAGAGUUAUAUUUAAUACGCAUAUCAAUAGUGAUCAGUGUAAACUAUAGGCCAUUAAUAGAGACAUUUAAAUGGAAUUAAUUCCGGGAAGCGAUUUCUUUUUUGUCUGUUUUGGAGGUCAUGGCAGGAUUAGAAUCCCAAAAAUCCAGUUUUAGGAUUUGAGCCCAUGACCCUCCGAAACAGACAAAAAAAAUUCGCUUCCCGGAAUUAAUUCCAUUUCAGUGGCUUUUUCUGCGGAUUUGUCAGAUAUAUGUUUCGUGGAUGAGCUGGAUUUUUUUAUCAUACGGACUAUUCAGAAGAUGAUAUAUACUGUAGAGAACCUGAUGAAUUAGAUCAUUAUUCCGAUUAUUAACACUCUCUAUAUCACAAUUUUCUACGGUUCUAACUAAUUUUUUUCUACGAUUAGUCUUACCGUCUCACCGAUUGAGAUUCUUAAGAUUUCGUAUGUCUUAUUGUUACAUGCUGUCCUAUUACAUGACCAUUGAUUUUAGAGGUACUUAUGCCCACGAAUAUAAUGCUACAAUCAACAAUUACAUGAAUACACACGCACGCACAUCCACACCCACUCAUAUACACAUACACGUACACAUGUAUAUAUUUAUUACAUCAAGUAUUACGCGAUAUUAAAGUACAAUAAAAUAAAGCAAACGUAAAUUUAUCUUCAUCUACCAUAAAUUCGUACCAGUCUGAUCAUACAUACCUGCUUUAUCUGUUCUAUCAGAGAAAUCUAUUUUAUCGUUCCAUUUUCUCCACUCUCUUGAUAUCAUAUUAUUAUCCGCACUUGGGUUUUUCAGAUAUCUAGCGUAGAAUUACAACAUUGAUAAUUUUAUUGUAUUUAUAAUUAAUAAAUAAGUUUAAACAAUGAAUCAAUACAACUGCAAAUAUUAUGCACAUAUAUGCAACAAGGAAGUGCACAUAUUUUAAUAAGUGCUAGGAAUUACGAACUUUGAUGCGCAAAAUUAUGAAUCAUCGCUUGAUAAAAUUGCUAAAUUAUAUUGGCAUUUUCAUACAUUUUACGACACGAUCUUUUCGCGGAUAUAAUCUUUCAAUCGUGUGUAUUGUCUUCCUAAUAUGGUAGAUAAUGGAAACCAUUUUACAACAAUGAGUCUGGCACUUUACCACAAAGACCACACUGCCAUCCCGAAAUAUAUUACCUAUUUCUACGGUUAUAAAUAUA